AUGGGACGGCAAAAGCAAGCAGCGCCGCUCCAGAGAGCCCCCUCUCAAUUAAUGCACCUCUCAGAAGAGUCCGACGUGCCACGAAAUUCUGGAAGUGGCAACACAGAUAUACCUUCCCCCGCCAAUGGAAUCGUGUCCGAAAAAACAUCAGCGGCCCUGGAGACCGUCGCUGACAGCCCUGGGCUGACGCAACUUGUGAUUUGCGUUCUCGGUAUAUAUGCGGCAUUCCUCUCUUGGGGUGUGCUACAGGAGGCGAUCACGACGACCAGCUAUCUCGUUCGCCCUGCAACCAUUGCGGAGCCAAACCCUCCAACGGAGCGAUUCACCUACUCGCUAGUGCUGAAUACGGUCCAAUCUUUCUUCGCGGCCAUCACCGGCUUUACAUACCUCCUAUUCUCAACCCCGAGUGGCCAAAAGAUCCCAUCUAUCUUCCCCACACGUCGGAUCAUCUUCCCCCUGCUUCUAGUCGCAAUCUCCUCGUCACUUGCGUCACCCUUUGGCUACGCCAGUCUCGAACACAUCGACUACCUGACCUUCAUCCUCGCCAAAUCAUGCAAGCUACUCCCGGUCAUGGUCCUGCACCUGACCAUCUUCCGCAAGAGAUACCCCUUGUACAAGUACGGCGUUGUCCUGAUGGUCACUCUCGGCGUCGCAACUUUCAGUCUGCACCACCCAGGAACAAGUAAGAAAGUCGCUGCCAAGGACCAGUCUGGAUCCUCCGGAUGGGGUAUCUUUUUGUUGUCCAUCAACCUCCUCUUGGAUGGCCUGACCAACACCACGCAAGACCACGUCUUCUCCUCGCCCAAGCUGUACACCCGCUUCACCGGACCCCAGAUGAUGGUCGCUCAGAAUGUUCUUUCGACCAUUCUAACUUCUACGUACCUCCUGGUCAUGCCGCAUAUAUCACAGAGCGGGAUUUUGCAUAACCUCCUGCCCUUCCCCAUUCCCCCGUCCACUGAGACUGAGCUGAUUGGUGCCUUCUCUUUCCUCUCCCGCCACCCAGAGGCGCUGAAGCAUGUCUUUGGGUUCGCGGCAUGCGGGGCUGUUGGGCAGCUCUUCAUUUUCCACACUCUGUCUCGCUUCUCCUCACUGCUGCUUGUCACCGUCACCGUAACACGCAAGAUGUUGACUAUGCUCCUCAGCGUUUUCUGGUUCGGACAUUCUCUGUCUGGCGGCCAGUGGCUAGGGAUCAGUCUGGUCUUCGGCGGCAUUGGCGCUGAAGCAGUGGUACAAAGAUCAGAGAAGAAGGCAAAAGAGCGGUCGAAGAUUGAGGCUGCGAAGAAGGAGUUGUGA